CCCCGCCCCGAACCCCAUCCAAAACAAAAACAAAUAAGUUGGUGUUAAGGUUUCGAGACCAAAAAGAACCUCUGACAAAUUGGUAUUUCAGUUCUUAACUGCGAUUAAGAGUGCUGUUUUCUUUCUUUAUCCUUUAACAACAUCAGACAUGGAUGUUGACUUAGUAUCGAAAAGUGAUGCAAAAUCAUCCAGAAAAAAAGCCAAAAAGGAAAAGAAGCUAAAAAAACACAAAAAGGAGAAAAAGCAAAAGAAGCAUAAAAAGAAGAUCAGAGAGUCGUCAUCUUCAUCAUCGUCAGAUUCUGAGGAAAGUGGUAAUGAGUGGGUGGAGAAAGAAAGUAAACCCAAGUUCGAUUCCAAGGUGGAGACCGAAGCUACACCUUUAUCAAGUGCCCCCCAGCGUGAUGAGUGGAUGAAUACUCCUUCUAUUUUUGCCUGUGUGACUCGUGAUCAGCUUCGUGCUGCAAAAGAACCAAGUGAGAAACAAAAGAAAGAAGAGGAAAAAAAGUACAUGCUUGACAGGCCGGGUCAAACCGACCGUGAGCUCAAUCCUUACUGGAAAAUCAAUGGUACAGGACUUCCAAGUGAAAAACCUGUUGAUCCUGAAUCUUUGACUUUAAAUGCCAAUACUGUUGGAGAUCAAGGAGUUAGUUGGUUACGAAGAGCUCUGAAGCGUGCUAAAGAGCAGGCUGAAGAGUCUGGAAGAUCUUUAGAAGAAGUUGCUACUGAACGCUGGGGAUCACUUGAAAAACUUGAGGAACUGUUGUCAGAAGCUGAAGGUCGCAAAGUUUCUUUAAGGCAACCCAAAUUUGGUGCUCAGAGGAGGGAUAACAGAACAGAGAAUAGGUAUGAUAAAGGUACUAGCAAUCAGGGUACAGGUUUUAACAAACUCGGUGAAGGAUCAAAUGAAAGAAGGAACGAGUCUGGCAGAAGAUACAGAGAGGAAAAAGAGAGAAGUGAUGAAAAAAACUAUACAAGGAGACAUGAAACUGCAAAAGAUGAAGAUAGAGGCAACCAUUCAAGAAAGCCAAACUUUGCAAGACCUAGUGACAGUCACAGCUCAAGUUACAGCAACAGUAAAAGAGAAUCUUCAAGCACUAACCGUUCGUACGAUGAUUCAGAAUCCUUUGAUAGAUACCGACACUCAACUUCUGAUGGAAGAUCAAAGUUAAGCUUCAGGAAACCUGUAGAAAAUGAUAUUGAAUCUUCAUCUGAUUAUAGAUCCAGUCAAAGAUCAAGUGGUAGUAGUAGAAAGAGCUGGCGGAAAAAAGAAGCUCCAUCUUCUGAAACUAGCUCUUCUUUAGAUGAUGAUAAUAAAAAUAGUUGCUGUGAUGCAUCUACCUCUAAGAUCAGUAUAACAAAAAAUAAAAAUAGAAAUGAAAGGGCACCUUCCAGAUCCUCAAGUCCAGAAGCAGAAGACAACUCACCACCUAUUGCUACAGAACCGGCGCCUGAGGUUCUUUCUGACAAACAGAUGAAUGAACUUGCAGCUAAAUUAGUGAAAGCUGAAAUCCUAGGAAAUGAAGAGCUUGUGGCACAGCUUAAGAAAAGACUUUCCACAGCUCGAGAGAUUCGAGCUGCUAAUCCCGAAGCUGUAACAUCACUCAAAUCAUCCAAUAAAACUGAAGCAGAAGUAGUAAUUCUGACAAGAACCGAUUCUAAGGGCUUUGCUAGACCUCUUCAGACAUACAGUGGUGCUCAUCCAGAACCUGUAGGAGGCAGAAGAAAGAGGGAAAAAGCUGAUACUCAUGGGGCAGAUGGUCAGAGAGUACGAUACUUUCCUGAUGAUGACAAAUACUCUUUACAAGAUAUGUUUCAGAAGGAAAAACUCACCACUGCACAGGAUCAGAAUGAAAUGUUUGCUAAUUUGGCUGGUAAGGAUAAAAGACAAGAACAUGAUUUGGACAUGGAUGACAUUUUCUCAGAAAAAGCUCGCCAAAAAGAGUCUGAUGGAAAAAUUGAAGCACGAGAAAGAGGGAGAGCAAUUUCAGAACAUAAACGCAAAGAGCGUAUGCUUGAUGAUUGUAAGUGGUGUUUUGAUGGCAAGGAGCUGAAGCGUCAUUUGAUUGUAGCUGUCGGUGCUAAGUCAUAUAUAUGUCUUCCUCCAUACCAAUCACUCACUGAGGGACAUUGUUUGAUCAUACCUCUUCAUCAUUCUAUAUGUGCGACACAACUUGAUGAGGAUGUUUGGGAAGAAAUGCAGGAUUUUCGUAAGGCAUUGGUAAGAAUGUUUGCUGCAGAAGAUGAGGACUGUGUUCUGUUUGAAAGUGCCAUGUACCUAAAUAAAUUCCCUCACAUGGUUAUGCACUGUGUUCCUUUACCGCGUGAGGUAGGGGAUAUGGCACCAAUAUACUUUAAGAAAGCUAUACUGGAGAGUGAAACAGAAUGGUCUACAAACAAAAAACUUGUUGACUUAGCCAAGAAAGACGUACGUCACUCAGUUCCCAAAGGACUGCCCUAUUUUGCAGUGGAUUUUGGAAAUGAAGGUGGAUUUGCUCAUGUCAUUGAAGAUGAAAAAGACUUUCCUACUAACUUUGCUCAGGAAAUAAUUGGUGGGAUGCUAGAUCUAGACCACACUAUAUGGCGUAAACCAAGAUUUGAAAAUUUUGAUAAACAGCGUCGGAAAGUUCUUGACUUUAGUAAAAAGUGGGAAGACUUUGAUUUUACAAAAAAAAAUAAUCCAUCAAAGAGAAUGAAGACAGAUUCAACAUCAGACGAAUCCUCAUGAAAAGAGGCUAACUUUGUUACUUAUAUACUCUUCCACAGUGCAGACUAAUCCUUCCCUUCUAUGCAAGUAAAUCAAAAUAAUAUAAACAAAAUUAGUA